AUGUGGAAAAAGGUUUCAAGACUUGUUGAGGGUUGUAAUACUUGUAAGCAAUCCAAGAUGACCUUACAAGCUCACGGACCAUACAUGCCUUUAUCGAUUCCAAGCUCACCAUGGGAAGAUGUAAGUAUUGAUUUCAUUGUUGGCUUGCCGAGAACAAGACGAAAUAAUGAUUCCAUUAUGGUUAUAGUAGAUAGAUUCUCAAAAAUGGCUCAUUUUAUUGCUUGUAACAAAACUAAUGAUGCAUCUCAUAUUCUGAAUUUGUACUUUGAAAAUGUUGUAAAACUCCAUGGAAUUCCUAGGAGCAUAGUUAGGAACUACCUUGAAGUUCAGUACGGCUUUUCAUCCUCAAACAGAUGGACAAACAGAAGUGGUCAAUCAAAGCUUAGGCAACAUUUUGCAAAGUUUGCUAAAGGGGAAAGUAAAAGUAGUUGCAAAAUUUUGUCCAAACGUUUCUUUCAUCAGCAAGUUUUAGUUAGUGAAGUGCAUAUUCUUGCUGGAGAUAUUGGAAACUUCUUGCAGAAAGCAUUUUUUAGGUUGGAUGAUGGAUGCGUUGGCCAACGAGGAUGGCGGGAAUUAGCUGUUUUGGGUGAUAAAAUAAACAAGUUUACUGGCAUGAUAGAAGGAUUGAUAUGGUUCUCCCAGAGGUGGUGAUUAGUAAUGGACCAACAUGAUUGGGCUUUGAAGACGGGCCCACACUCUGAUUUUUCUGGACCAACUUCUGGAAGCACAGCUGAAUGUUGCAAUUGUUAGAAAAAACAAACCCAACUUGUUGUUGCAAAUGCUGGUGAUUCUCGGUGGUGCAUAUCUAGAAAGGGCCAGGCAUAUAAUCUGUCUAGAGAUCACAAGGGGCUUGAUCUUGAGGCUGAGAAAGAAGGAUUUUUAAAAGCUGGGUGGUUUCAUAAACAUGAGACGGGUCAAAUUGGUAGUUUGAAUCUUGCAAGAGCUAUAGGUGACAUUGGAAUCAAGCAGAAUAAAUUUUGCCUUGCUGAAAAAGCAAAUUUGUAA